AUGGCCAAUUCUCCCCACGGCGGCGUCCUCAAGGACCUCUUCGCCCGCGAUCUUCCCCGCCAGUCUGAGCUUCUCGCCGAGUCCGAGAACCUGCCCGCUCUCGUUCUCACCGAGCGCCAUCUUUGCGAUCUGGAAUUAAUUCUCAAUGGCGGCUUCUCUCCCCUCGAGGGCUUCAUGACCGAGAAGGAUUACAAUGGUGUCGUCAAGGACAACCGGCUUGCUAGCGGCCUCCUCUUUAGCAUGCCCAUCACCCUCGAUGUCGACCAGAAGCAGAUUGACGACCUCGGCCUGAAGGCUGGUGCGCGCAUUACCCUGCGCGACUCUCGCGACGACCGCAACCUUGCCAUCCUUACCGUUGAGGAUGUCUACCGCCCCGACAAGGUCAAUGAGGCCAAGAACGUCUUUGGCAGCGACGACGACACCCACCCCGGCGUCAAGCACCUUUUCAGCACCGCCAAGGAAUUCUACGUCGGCGGUAAGCUCGAGGCCAUCAACCGUCUGGAGCACUACGAUUUCCUCGACCUCCGCUUCACCCCCUCGGAGCUCCGCUCUCACUUCAGCAAGCUCGGCUGGCAAAAGGUCGUCGCUUUCCAGACUCGCAACCCCAUGCACCGUGCUCACCGUGAGUUGACGGUCCGCGCCGCCCGCUCCCAGCAGGCCAACGUCCUCAUCCACCCCGUCGUCGGCAUGACCAAGCCUGGUGACAUUGACCACUUCACCCGCGUCCGUGUCUACAAGGCUCUCAUUGCCAGAUACCCAAACGGCAUGGCUGCCCUUGCCCUGCUCCCCCUCGCUAUGCGCAUGGGUGGUCCCCGCGAGGCCCUCUGGCACGCCAUUAUCCGCAAGAACCACGGUUCUACCCACUUCAUCGUCGGCCGUGACCACGCUGGUCCCGGCAAGAACAAGGACGGCAAGGACCACUACGGCCCCUAUGACGCCCAGACCCUUGUCCAGCAGCACCAAGAGGAGCUCGGCAUCAAGAUGGUCGAGUUUCAGGAGAUGAUCUACAUCCCCGACCGCGACGAGUACAUGCCCGCCAACGAGAUCCCCGAGGGCACCCGCACCAUGAACAUUUCCGGCACCGAGCUUCGCAACCGCCUUCGCACCGGCAAGGAGAUUCCCGAGUGGUUCUCCUACCCCGAGGUCGUCAAGGUCCUCCGCGAGCAGAACCCUCUGCCCCGCGAGAAGGGCUUCACCGUCUUCAUGACUGGUUUCCAGAACUCUGGAAAGGACCAGAUUGCCCGCGCCCUGCAGACUACCCUUAACCAGGGUGGUGGCCGCCCCGUGUCCAUGCUCCUCGGCGAGACUGUCCGCUCCGAGCUUUCCUCUGAGCUGGGCUUCAGCCGUGCCGACCGUGAUCUGAACAUUUCCCGCAUUGCUUAUGUCGCUUCCGAGCUGACCAGAGCCGGUGCUGCCGUGAUUGCCGCUCCUAUUGCUCCCUUUGAGCAGGCUCGCCAGCAGGCCCGUGAGCUUGUUGAGAAGUCUGGUCCGUUCUUCCUCGUUCACGUCGCCACCCCUCUCGAGUACGCCGAGAAGACGGAUCGCCGUGGCAUCUACAAGGCCGCUCGCGCCGGUGAGAUCAAGGGUUUCACCGGUGUCGACGACCCCUACGAGGCGCCCUCCAAGGCUGACCUUGUUGUCGAUGUUGAGAAGCAAAACGUCCGCUCCAUUGUUCACGAAAUUAUUCUUAUGCUCGAGAGCCGUGGCCUGCUCGACCGUUUUUAG